UUAGCACACUAGGACAAACAUGUGCUAGUCAAGUAAGGGCAGAGGAAGAUCUCUUAAACACACUCCUGCCCCGCACAUGUGGUAGACAUGUGUUGUCAUUCGUCUCUGCAGCUGUUGGGACAACACCUCAUAUCUAAACCGUGCCAGUGAGUGUGUGCAACAUUUAAGGGACACAAGCAGCAUUUUGUACAACAUCGACGUAUUUCAAACAAGUAGUUGUAAUGGAUUCUCGGCUGUCGAAACAGAUCCAGUGUUCGGUGUGUUUGGGGGACUUCACAGAUCCAGUGAGCCUGCUGUGCGACCACACGUUCUGCCGACAGUGUAUCAGCAAUCAUUCCCAAAGCUGCCGCCUGAAACUGUGUCCGGAAUGCAGGCGGCCCUAUACCAUGUGGGACCUCCGGUCCAACCGAGUCCUGCGGAAUAUGGUGAGUGCCGUGAGGGAACACUUGAGCGAGCAGCAGACCCUCAGGGACAUGAAUGUAGCGGCUUGUGGAGCAGGCUCGAGAGUGUUUGAGGAACCAGAGAAGCUGGUGUGUUCAGAUCAUCAGGAGAGACUCAAGCUGUUUUGUGAGACGGAUCAGAAACUGGUGUGUCUGAUCUGUAGGGAUGGUGAGAAUCACCAGGGACACACGUUCAAACCUGUGGAGGAGGCAGCAGAGCCCAGAAAGAAUUCAUUGUUAGAGCCUCUGAGCUUCCUGUCGAAGGAGAAUGAAGAGUUGCAGGCUCUUAUCAAGAAACAGACGAAUGAGAUCUCUAAAACUGAGGAAAGGUCUCGGCAGCUCUCUGCUCAGAUCUCUGCUCAGUUUGAGGAGAUGCACCAGUUUCUGAGGAAAAAGGAGGAGGAAGUGAAGAAAAUACUGGAGAAAGAAGAGAAGGAUAUGAUAGAAAAGAUGAAAAGAAACAGAGCAGAAACAGAAGAGAAGCUGAACGACGGAAGAGAGAAGGAAGGGAUUCUACGCUCAGUCUUUCAGACUGAUCAGCCAGAUGGGUUUCUGCAGUGGUGGACUGAGAAAGGGCUGGAAUUUGUCGAAGAGAUGAAAGAGAAAGAAAGCUGCUGUGAAAAUACUGACAUUGCUUCUCAAACAACCAAGUUCAAAUCAGCAGUGAAAAGCGUGAAUUUGACACCUAAUUCUCUGUUCCUUGGCCUUCAUGAGACUCACUUGCAGUUUAUUGUAUGGAAGGAGAUGCUGGGCUUUAUCAAACCAGUCCCAGAUCGUAAUGUCAUACAUGACUGUCAUGAUCCAUACCUGAGGGUGUCCUCUGAUGGGCGCAGCGUCAUCCGCACAUCCAAAAAGGGGAUUUUCUUGCGUCACAAAGACUACAGGCCUCUGGCCAGGACCCACAAGACCUUCCAGUCAGGACAGCACUACUGGGAGGUGGAUGUAGGAGCAAAGAUAGACUGGAGUGUGGGCUUCGAUGGUGGGUGCAUAAGCAACUUAAACAAGGACAUUGGGCUCCACCUUAAGCAUGAGCAAGGCUACUGCAUCAAAGAGUAUGAGACAGUGACAGAGAUAGACCUGACAGUGAAACCAAGCAGGAUAGGGCUGUACCUGGACUGCGACGGGUGUCAGGUGUGCUUCUAUAAUGCGGAUGACAUGACUCUGCUUCACACCUCCACAUAUCCUUCAUCCAUCCCUUACUCCCUCAGCCUCUCUCCAGGAGCUUAUCUGGCAGGGAAGAAUGCUGAUCCGCUCACAGUCACCUGGAACUGAUCCGUCUGGGAAAUAAUUGAACACUUUAGUAAGAUGGUUGUAAGAACUGGUCCAUUUAUGGUUUAUGAGGUGAUGUAAUAGGGCUUGAGAGAAAAGUUAUUGGCUGCUGUAUUUACUCGCUCAGUUUGUUAGUGGGCGCUUUGAUUUAUAAAAAAAAAAAAAAAAAGCAUAUUUGUGACAGGCACUUUAAGCACUAAAUUCUGAGAACACAAAAGAUCAUGAAUUUUUUUUUUUUUUUUCGUCAUUUUAGAGCAAUUUCUAAAACAUUAGAAAAAAAUUAUUCUUUGGUGAACCAUAAUUAUAACAUAACAUAAACAUUUUAAGCUACUAAGUCAUAAUAAUAUACUAUAACAUAGAAAGUCAAAUUGAUGACAAAAUUAUGUCAAAAUGAUGAUAUACUAAGCCAUAAUUAUAAGUCAUAAUUUUAAUGUAAUAAUUAUGACUUUAUCUCAUAAUUUCAACUUUUUGUUAUAAUUUCACUUUUUAUGCCAUAAUUAAAACGGAUUUAUGUCAUAACUAUGAGUAUUUAUGCCAUAAUUAUGUUGUCAAAUGACUGUAAUUGUCAUAAUUAUGUUAUGUAAUAAAGACUAACAAUUUUAUAAUGAUUGUAUCAUCACUGUUUAUGAUAUAAUUAUGUUAUGUCAUAAUGACUGUAUAGAUGUCAUAAUGACUUUGUCAUAAUUAGGACUGUUUUGUCAUAAUUAUGUUAUGUCAUAAAAAUGGUAACUAUGUCAUAAUGACUGUUUGUCAUAACUAUGAGUCUCAGAAUUUUCAAGUUUUAUGUCCAUUUUUAUAAUAUAAAUAAUCUUUAUUUGUGUGAUUAUGUAAUAAUCAUUGGAAAUAUUUGUGUGAUUAUGUAAUAAUCAUUGGAAAUAGUCUAGAAGAUGCAGCAACCAUGAUUAUAAAGUCACCUUUAUUCUUUCAACAUUUUAUAGUAAAAAUAAUUGUUACAGAAAAUACUAGUUCAUAUAUGUUAUGGACUAUUGGAACUUUUGUGAUAUAUGAAAUGAUGUAAAAUAUUAGACUAUAAUUUUCUGUAAUAAUUUUACAAAUGUUUCUGUAUUUGCCACAAGAGGGCAGUGUUAUAAACUGGUAUUGAGAAAUA